AUGGGUCUACUGGGUUCGAUGUUAAGGACCUUCGUGAAGCCUCAGAAACUCCCUAUGUUUCUAGUCACCCUCGACGCGCUGGGCACACUGUACACCUUCCGACAGCCAGUAGCAGUGCAAUACUUGCAAGUUGCUCGACAGUGCGGUCUGGAUGCGAAGAUCGAUCCCAAGGAGCUAGACCAGGCCUUCAGGAAAUCCUCCAAGCAUCACAACAGCGCGUAUCCCAACUAUGGCAAGAACAAGCUGGAAAGCCCCGAGGUCUGGUGGCAUCUGCUCGUCAAGCAAGCGUUCAGUCAGCUUGUCGAGGGAGGAGAGUCAGCUCUCCCGUCUAACCUGGGCUCAGCACUCUACAAGCACUUUUCAUCCGGCGCUGCAUAUGAGCCGUUCCCUGACGUGAAGCCCUUUUUGCAAAGCAUGGCUGCGCUGAAGAGACGAUUCACCGACCCUGAUGGACCGAUCGUUCUUACUGGCGUCGUCACAAACUCUGAUCCGCGAGUGGCCGUGGUGCUGCGUGACCUGGGUUUUCGGGUAGGGCCAUCUGCGCUCCCCAACUUCCAAGACGUGACCAGAAUGGCCCGCGAAGCUGCAGGCGAUACUUCCGGGUCACCGCUUGAAUCUGUCUUCCGGGGAUAUUACAAUAUCAGUAACGACUUUGAUAUCGUCAGUACGAGCUACGAUGCGGACGCCGAGAAGCCAAGCGGCCGCAUAUGGGACCACGCUGAGGUGCUUGCUCAUCCUACGGGCCUCUCUCGAGGCGAACAGAGCAUCGAAGUUGACCCAGCGGAAAGUCUUCGAAGCCAAUUCUGGAAGACCGCGUCGGCUGUCAAGUAUCGGAUUGACGACGCAAAGAGGAUGCGCAUUCAUGUCGGAGACGAAUACUCGAAGGACUAUGUUGGAGCAACAAACGCAGGCUGGGAAGCACUUCAUCUUGCACGCGAGGAGGACCAGUUAAAGGGCAUCUCGGACGACGUCAAGGUGGUCCGAUCUCUCGAUGAGGUUGCAAUGAUCGUGAAUGUCAUGGCCAACGACUUCUUUGAACAGGUGGAGGCUUGA